AAUCCAAUUUGUAGAGGGGCAGAGUACGGCAAGCGGAAAGGACCAACUGUCGUUAAGUUUGGAGGCUGGUUUCUAGGUCAAUAUUUUGUUGGGUUUUGGAUGUGUGGCGGUUGUAAGUGAAGUCGGCUAGACCAUGUCGGCUUUCGAGAAGCCUCAGAUCAUCGCCCAUAUCCAGAAGGGCCUCAAUUACACGGUGUUUGAUUGUAAGUGGGUUCCCUGCAGCGCCAAGUUUGUGACCAUGGGCAACUUCGCACGAGGAACCGGCGUAAUUCAGCUGUACGAGAUCCAGCACGGGGACCUGAAGCUGCUUCGGGAGAUUGAAAAGACCAAACCCAUUAAAUGUGGAACAUUUGGUGCAGCAUCUUUACAACAGAGAUAUUUAGCUACUGGAGAUUUUGGUGGAAACCUUCAUAUAUGGAAUUUGGAAGCUCCAGAGAUGCCAGUAUAUACUGUAAACGGCCAUAAAGAAAUUAUAAAUACUAUAGAUGGUAUUGGAGGGCUAGGAGUUGGGGAAGGAGCGCCUGAAAUUGUGACUGGCAGCCGAGAUGGAACUGUGAAGGUGUGGGACCCAAGGCAAAAAGAUGAUCCUGUUGCCAAUAUGGAACCUGUAAAAGGAGAAAAUAAGAGAGACUGUUGGACUGUGGCAUUUGGCAAUGCUUAUAAUCAAGAAGAACGUGUCGUUUGUGCUGGCUAUGACAAUGGUGAUAUCAAACUGUUUGAUCUCAGAAAAAUGUCAUUGCGGUGGGAAACAAAUAUAAAAAAUGGGGUAUGUAGCUUGGAGUUUGACAGAAAAGACAUAAGUAUGAAUAAGUUAGUAGCUACAUCUUUGGAAGGAAAGUUUCAUGUUUUUGACAUGAGAACACAACAUCCUACCAAAGGUUUUGCCUCCGUUUCAGAAAAGGUGGCUACGUUAAAUGAAAAAAAAAGUUAAAAAGUUACUGAUUACUGGAAUUAGUAUGUAUUAAGCAUUCAAAAUAUUUUAUUGUUUUAUAUUUUGCCUUGCUUUUGAGGUAACUUAGAGGGAGACAUGGUAUUCUAGCAUUAUAAAAAUAGAUGAAGAAAGAAAAUUGAAGGGAAGAUUCUGCUAAAGAAAAAAGAAAAUACCUGAAAUAUGGGGAUUACAUAAAAUUCAUGCUGACACAUCCUACCACUUGCCAAGAUAUGGAUUGGAAAUGUGACUGAGCUUUCUUGAUUAUAAAACAAAAAACCAGUUACAGGCUGGUAGCUUCCAUAAGAUUAAAAUGUACAGGUUCAUUAGGAAAUAAGAAAUCACUACCUUGCUCUCUCUCUCUUCACUGUAGAUUCUACAGGAUUUCUCAAACCUCCCUAUUUUGUCUCCUGUGGUUACAGUAAUUAUUAUUGUCUAUACCUUAUUGCUACUGCUGGAUGAUCUCACUUCUUAACAAAGUGGCUACAAAUUGGAAUUUGUUUUACCUUUGUCAAUUCAGAAUAUAUUAAGUACCUAUCCACAACAAACAACACUUGUUGUUUUUUGUGUACAGUCUGCUAAAUUUUUUGUAUGGAAUUCACAACACAUUCUUUGAUUAUCUGCAAAUAAUACUGUCCUCUUCAAAAUUUUUUUCCUAAUACUUAGUUAAGCCAGUAAUUGCUGAGUCUGUCAAAUAAAUGUCUCUGGUGUAUUUUAAGAGGUCAUCUUCUCCCUUAUCCCCUUUUUUAAUGUUUUUCUCAACUCCUACAAAAAAAAGUUUAAGCUACAAAACAAAUGAAAACAAGUCUUGGCAGCUUGAACUUAAUCACUUGGGGACUCUUAACACAUUUAAAGUGGGUAUUUUAAGAUGUGUGUAUUUAUCUUAUAAUUAGUGCUCUCAAAAGACUAUUAAAAGCCAAAGUCAAGACUAAUCACUCACUGAAAUAUGAAGUGUAAAAGCAGGGCCUGGGUGGAGUCAGCCAGCCUCCCUGCUUCUCCAAAGCAGAAUUCUCAUCCCCUCCCGCUCUCCCCCUCCCCCAUCUCACUCCACAGGGUCCCCCGCAGCCAACAAGGCUGGCCAGGAUGAUUUACUGGCUGUUGAGGUGCUAACCAACUGUUAACCUUCUUCCAGUUGCCAUUUUUAAAUCUUUGUGUUUGAUGUGACUGGGAAGAGCCUUAUCUUGUUAAGACCUUAAACACUGUCUAUAAAUCCUCAUGAUCUGUAUUUUGAAGACUGGACAAGUCAGAAGGCAGUGAAUUGAAGAUAAGGCUCUCCGAGCUGUUAAGUUAAAAUUUAAUCUAUAAACUAGAACUCUGUACUUUCCAUCAUUUUUACUGGGGAUCUUAACCUGUUCUAAAAACCAAAACCUAUUUUAAAAAUCAGUCUACACUUUCUUUUCCUUAGAAAGACAUGUAUAUUUUUGUAUUUUGAGAGCUUUCCCCUCUCAUAAUGAACUAGUGAUUUAAAUAUAUAAAAUUUUGUAAUAAUUUCUGUGGUUCCAUAAACUUAAAUGGACUUUCCAUCUAAUAUCUUUCCUUUUUGUUUUAACCCAGUAGAACUUUGUUCUCUAAAGCAAUAGAGAAAAAUGAUGCUUUUUCUAAUUUCUGAUGG